AUGGUAAUUUCUUGCUCGAGGGGCAUGUUAUUAUUUGGACAGGGAUGGGGAAAAGACUCAGUUGGUUUUACAUGUGUAAAAUAGGAUGUGGAUACUUUGUUAAAAGAUACUUUCUUUCUACCUGGAUUAUAAAUCCCUACCCAGAUAGUUUAUAGAUUUUCGCAUAUUCCCCAGCCCAUAGCAGACUGGAAACAAAUCCCAUGGCUUUGAAAGGCAACUGAAAGUAAAUGUGUGGCCUAAAUGAAUGACCCACUGGACUAAUCAAGCGGAUUUUUGUUCACUUAAGGAAAGGAGCUACGGGAAAGAAAUUUCAAAGAUCAGAAAAUUAUAAAAAGAAAAAAAAAGAAUCCUGAAUAGAGGCCCCUGGCAAUAGAGAAAGGGCAGAUCAGAGAAGGAAUAGGAUCCUCAGAGCAAGCCCAAUUGAUAGAAAAUGACGUCACCUCCAAAAAGGAGGACAGUGCGUUAGAUGGGUGGAGGUGAGAUUCUUUCGAUGCUGUGAAGCGCCCUGACCCUCGCUCCACAGUCUGCCCCCUGUUAGACUUUUAUCUCAGGGAUCCCAGCUCCUUUGUGAUGUGAUGAACUGGGACACGUAGCUUCAUCAUGCUCACUGUCCUGGGAACAGGGCCUUGUCCUCUCUCCUGUACUCAGGGUUCUUUCCCUUGCUUCAGGAAAGAUCUGUCCAGCUUAAAAGCGGAGCGCUGAUUACAAGGGAAAAAAGUGGAAAUUUGCCAUCAAGUGGCUGUCUCAUCAUUGAAUUCCAAACACUGGGUUUUUGAGGAAUUUACUGCAACAGAUGUUUUUUUGAGCGCCUGCACUGUGCCAGGCACUGUUGUAGACAUGGGGUACACACUGGUGAACAAAACAUGCAAAAUAAUGGCCUCUGGAAGGAUGGUUUUGGGACAGAUGCUCUUCAAAGAAUCAGAAAUGGACUCUUGUUCGGCUCAGGCUUCAGGUCAUCUCCACUCCUCGUGUUGCGAAUCUGCACCGCCUCUCGUGGCCCGUGUCUUUGUCCUUGAAUCUUCAGUCGGGGUCCCUGAAGGGGCUGCCCAGGCCUGCCUCAAACCCUGAGGCCCAGGUGCUGACUCACCUUUCCGAGGCUGGCGUCCCAGGAGUUACUGACACUGGAGGAUGUGACCAUGGACUUCAUGUGGGAGGAGUGGCAGCUCCUGGCCCCCACCCAGAAGAACCUGCCGGGACAUGAUGUUGGAGGACUACAGGAACCUGGUGUCAGUGGGGCAUCAAGCCAACAAACCAGACGCGCUCUCCAAGCUGAACGAGGGGAAGAACCGUGGGCGAUAGAAGAGGAAGUCCGCAGUGGAACCAGUCCAGAAACUGGCAAAGUUGAUAAUCACCUGCAGGGUCACUGGGAAGAUGAAAGAAUGCUGAAAGGUAUGGAACUGUACCCCGAACACAAUGCAUUUGGAAAUAUCGUCCCUCAAAGCAAAAGUCAUUUUCCUUUCAGGCAAAAUCAUAUGUUUGAGUUCUAUAUAAAAACUUUGAAAUCAAAUUUAAGUUUAGCCAACCAGAGCAAGAUCUAUGAAAUUAGGAACUCUACAAAAGUCAACGGAAGUGAAAAAUCAUUUCUGCAUGAUAAGCGUGAAGAUUUUCAUUCUGCGGUUAAAUUCCCUGUAAGUACAAGACCUGUCAGCAACAAGUCCCAAGUCACUAAGCAUCAGAGAACUCAUGACAUAGAGAAAGCCCAUGUGUGUGGUGAAUGUGGAAAAGCCUUCGUUAAGAAGUCUCAGCUGACAGAUCAUCACAGAGUUCAUACAGGAGAGAAACCUUAUGGAUGCAAUAUUUGUGCAAAAGUUUUCUCCAGAAAGUCCAGGCUCAACGAACAUCAGAGAAUUCAUAAAAGAGAGAAAUCCUUUAUAUGCAAUGAUUGUGGAAAAAUCUUCACCAUGAAGAGCCGUCUAAUUGAACACCAGCGAACUCACACCGGAGAGAAACCCUAUGUUUGCAGCGAAUGUGGCAAAGGUUUCCCAGGGAAGCGUAAUCUCAUUGUGCAUCAGCGAAAUCAUACUGGAGAGAAAUGCUAUGUAUGCAGUGAAUGUGGGAAAGGCUUCACUGGGAAGAGCAUGCUCAUCAUACACCAGCGAACUCACACAGGAGAGAAACCCUACAUCUGCAGUGAAUGUGGGAAAGGCUUCACCACGAAGCACUAUGUCCUCAUACAUCAGCGAAAUCACACAGGAGAGAAACCCUAUCUAUGCAAUGAAUGUGGGAAAGGUUUCACCAUGAAGAGUCGACUGAUUGAACAUCAGCGAACUCACACCGGAGAGAAACCCUAUGUAUGCAACGAAUGUGGAAAAGGCUUUCCCAGGAAGAGUAAUCUCAUUGUACAUCAGAGAAAUCAUACGGUAGAGAAGUCCUACGUAUGCAGUGAAUGCGGAAAAGGCUUCACUGUGAAGAGCAUGCUCAUCAUACACCAGCGAACUCAUACUGGAGAGAAACCCUACGUCUGCAGCGAAUGUGGGAAAGGCUUCCCCCUGAAGAGUCGGCUGGUCGUACAUCAGCGAACACAUACUGGAGAGAAACCUUACAGAUGCAGUGAAUGUGGGAAAGGUUUCAUUGUGAAUAGUGGACUGAUGUUACAUCAGCGAACUCACACUGGAGAGAAACCCUAUAUAUGCAAUAAAUGUGGAAAAGGCUUUGCCUUUAAGAGCAAUCUCGUGGUACACCAGCGAACUCAUACUGGAGAGAAACCCUUUACGUGCAGUGAAUGUGGGAAAGGCUUCACCAUGAAACGUUAUCUCCUCGUACAUCAACAAAUCCAUACAGGAGAGAAAUCCUAUGUCUGCAGCGAAUGUGGUAAAGCCUUCGCUGUGGAAACCGAGCUCAUUUUACAUCAGCAAAUUCAUACUGGAGAGAAACCUUAUGCAUGCAAUGAAUGUGGGAAAGGCUUCACGGUGAAAAGCCGUCUAAUCGUUCAUCAGCGAACUCAUACAGGAGAGAAACCUUUUAUAUGCGGUGAAUGUGGAAAAGGCUUCUCCUCAAAGAGAAAUCUGAUUGUACAUCAGAGAACUCAUAAUGGAAACAGACCCUAAUGACACAAUGAACGCGGUCACACCUUGAGGAGGAAAAUACGCCUUGUGCCACAUUGGAGGUUUCACACAGGAUUGACUUCCUUUAUUUGUACCGACUGUGGAAAAUCCUAUUCAGUACCUCCCAGGGAAUUUAUGCAGGAGACAAACUAUGUAUGUGGUGAGUGUGAGAAAGUCUUCCGACACCAAGUCAGCACCAUUGGACAUCAAAGAAUUCAUAGAUGAGAAAGACUCGAUGGGUUCAAUAACUGAGGAUUACAUUUCUCUCAUUUGUCAAGCCUCGUUGAUACACACAAGAAAUGGGGGCGCCUGGGCGGCACAGUCGGUUAAGCAUCCUACUUUGGCUCAGGUCAUGUGAUCUCACGGUUUGUGAGUGUGAGCCCCACAUCAGGCUGUGUGCUCUCAGUGCAUCAGGCUCUGCGCUCUCAACACAGAGCCUGCUUUGGAUCCUCUGUCUCCCUCCCUCCCUCUCUGCCCCUGGCUCACUUGCAUUCUCUCUCAAAAAUAGACCCUAAAAAAAUACACACAAAAAAUGUGUAAGUCAAAAUACAUAAUCCUUUGCAGGGAAUCUGAAAUUACAUACAAGUGAACCCAGGCAGGAGACAAACAGUGAUAGUUCAGUGAACUCAUUAAACACCAGUGUGCUCCCAGCAUACCUGAAAAAGUCAGUGUAGAUUAAUUAGCCUGUUGCUAAAUUUUCACCCUUGGGAAGGUAGGGAAUUUGGAUAGGAGUGAAAUCUAAUGGAUGCAGAGAAUGUGCUAGUGCCUUCAGUGAUCAGUUACCUCACACCGUAAGUCAAAACAGGUAGACAAAACCUCUGACCCAUUCAAUGUAGAAACGUCUUGAGGAAACAUUUUUAGGUAAUUAUAUAUCUGAAAAGCACACAGUAAGAUGAAUCUUGUGACUGGAGAGAGCAGGAAAGCCUCAUGGGAAUAAAGGUCCUGUCUAAUCAGUGAUCAUAACAGAUCACCAGUGAACGUACACACAGUAGCAACAUGAUGAUCGUGGGAAAGUCGUUGCCUAGAAGUAAAACCUCAAUAGUUGUCUGAAAGUCAUGCUGAAGGAAAAUGGCCGUGAAUAUGGCAGGAUUUUAGUGAUACAUUCUGCCUCAUCCUUUCUCAUGAAGUCAUGCAGAAAUAAAACUCAUGAGCACACUAAAUGUGUUGGAACUAGCAAAAUAUCAGAAAUUCUGAAGAAAAGAAGCCUCAUGAAAAUGAUGCAUACCUGAGUUUUCUGUCACAAAUCUAAACUUAAUACACCUGAUGUCCAUUUUGGGGCAGGGUACCUUGAAUCACAUUCUCAGUGAUUCCAUAAUUUUAAAGCAGGGUGUUCUCACCGCUGAUUAAAUGUUAAUGUUGUACACAAGGCAGGGGUGUUCUGUGCCCAACAUGUGUCAUCUGAUUCUUGCAUUUCUGAGGCUCUAAAUUCAUCUCUUUUGGGCAAAAGAAAAAGGAAUAUAUUUAUAAAUGUAACGUAACAUUUGGAUGUAUUUAUCUAAGUUUAUAAGUUAGCGUUAAGUAGUUUACAAAAAUAACCUUAUAUAUGAUUUUUCUAAUUUUUUUUGAAAUAAUUUUAGACUCACAAGAAAGUGUAAAGUAUGCAAAGUUCCUGAGUUACCUGUACUCAGCUUCUUCAGCGACGUGAUCUUACAUAACUGUAAUACGUAAUCAAACCCAAUAAAAUAACAUUGGUACGAUGCUGUUAACUAUAGACCUUUUUUGGUUUUCACUAGUUUUAGCAUGCAGUAAUUUGUGUGAGGCUUUGUUUUGUUUUUUAGUGGAGAGUUCUAAGAAACUUUAUGCCAUAUAUAGAUUUCUGUAAAUCCCACCACACCACAAGCAGGAAGCAGAAUUGUGCCAACACAAAGAAACAUCCUUGGGCUGCCCCUUACAGUCACACUCUCCCCACAACCCUGACCCAUGGCGACCGCUGACCAGUACUCCAUCACUCUGAUUUUGUCAUUUCAAGGAUGCUGUUGAAAUGGGAUGAUUCAGUGUAGCCUUUGAAGACAGGCUUUAUUUUACGCAGCAAAUUGCCCUUAAGUUCCAUCCACUUUGUUGGGCAUAUAAAUAGUUUUGCUUUUUGUUAUGAGUAGUGUUCUUUUGUGAUGAAUGUACCAUGGUUAUCUGUUCAGUGUUGAUGGACUUUGGGUUGUUUCUAGUGUUUCACUGUUAUGAAUAAAGAUGCUAUGAAUCCA